AUGCCGCUGCUUCUUCUGGUGCUUGCCGGCGCCCAAGCCACGACAGCCGCAACAUUCUCACAGCACAAGUUCCGGCGGGCAGACGAUCACGCCGGGCAUAGCCACGGCGGUGACGACGACGAGGACGUUGACUGCAGCGCCACAGGCAUCGACAACUGGGAAAAGGGCCUACAUAUUGCGGCCAUCUUCAUCGUCAUGGCCGUCAGCGGCCUCGGAUCCUUUCUGCCGGUCGUCGGCCACUACUUGCCCGUACUGCGCAUCCCCAAGACCGCACUGACGCUGGGCAAGUACCUGGGCACCGGUGUCAUCAUCUCAACGGCGCUCAUUCAUAUGCUGCCGUCGGCUAUUGGCAGCCUCAACAGCAAGUGCGUUGGCAACCGUAUGGGCGACUAUAGCUCUUGGCCGGGUGUGCUCGCGAUGAUGGCGAUUUUCGCCAUGCACCUUAUGGACCGCACAGAGUCAGUCUCAGCGUCAGACCAUCACUCGCACGCGCGCAAGGUAUCCAUCAGCACCAGCCUGCCUGAGCUUUCCCGCGACGGCGACGAUGAGAACUGCGACGCAGUCGCCGUGCACACCCACCACACACACGUCCACGGACUGUCCUUCAUCCCAACAGCCGGCGAGAGCGCCGCGCUCACAGCACAGCGCCACCGCAUCUCAACGUACAUCCUCGAGCUCGGUAUCUGCCUACACUCAGUCAUUAUUGGGCUGACAUUGUCGGUGACCACGGGCACCAGCUUUAAGACGCUGUUAGUGGCCAUUUGCUUCCACCAGUUCUGCGAGGGCUUAGCGCUCGGCAGCCGCAUUGCGCAGAUGGAGUACAAGAGCCAUGGAUUUUUGCGCGCUGCGUUGAAUGCCGCUGCGUUCAUGCUGAUUACGCCGCUUGGGAUGGUCAUUGGUGUGGGCGUGCGGUACUCAUAUCAGCCUAAUUCGCCCAGUGCGUUGAUCACCAUGGGCGUGCUGGACUCGCUGUCCGCAGGUAUUCUGCUUUACGCUGGUCUUGUCAAUUUGCUAGCUGAGGAGUUUAGCACGAUUGAGUUCCGCAACUUCCGCCCGGCCAUGAAGGCGGCCUGCUUUAUCACUUGCUUCAUCGGUGCUGGUAUCAUGGCGCUGAUCGGCAAGUGGGCCUGA